CGCUCCUGGUGUCUUGAAACAGAUUGGCAGUGAAAUGGCAGAGGCUGUUCUCGGAGAUCACGAACGAUACAACUGUUUAAUAUGUUUGGAUCUGCUGAAGGAUCCCGUGACAAUUCCGUGCGGACACAGUUACUGUAUGAGCUGUAUCAGUGAGUGCUGGAAUAUGGAAGACCAGAGAGGGCCCUACAGCUGUCCACAGUGCAGGCAUGCCUUUUAUUCAAGGCCUUCUCUCAACAGAAGUACAGUACUUGCUGAAAUAAUGGAGAAAUUGAGGGACACAACACUGCAAGUGUCAGAGUCUGCUCAAAGUCUUGCUGGACCUGGAGAUAUUGGAUGUGAUUUUUGCACUGGAAGAAAGUUCAAAGCUGUCAAGUCUUGUCUGGAGUGUCUGGCAUCUUACUGUGAAACACAUGUACAUCCGCACUAUAAUGUUCCUGCCCUGAAGAAACACAAGCUGGUAAAAGCUGCUAUCAUGCCAACAUGCUCCAAACACGACAAGCUCUUGGAGGUCUACUGUCGUACAGAUCAGAAAUGUGUCUGCAUGCAUUGUUUAAUGGAUGACCACAAAGGCCAUGACACAGUGCCAUGUAUGAUUGAACGGAAUGAGAAACAGAGUAAACUUGCAGACAAUAAGACAAAACUUAAGCAAACAAUCCAGGGAAAAGAGAAAGAGCUGCUGAGGAUGAAAACUGACAUCAAUUCUCAUUCAUGUUCUGCAAAGAAGGCAGUGCAGAACAGUAAGAGAGCCUUCACUGAAUUAGUCCGCUUUAUUGAGAUGAGAAGCACUGAGGUGAUUGAAAAGAUAAAAGCUCAAGAAAAGGCUGAUCUGUAUCAAGGUGCAAAACUACAAAAGAAUCUGGAAGUGAACAUCACUGAGCUGAAGAAGAGGGAAGAAGUCCUAGAGACACUUCUACAGACCGAUGACAACAUCUACUUUCUUCAGAAUUAUGAGUCUAUGUCUUCUUCAUCUGGCUCUGAUGAUUUCCCCAGUCCCUCUUUUAAGCCAUGCUGCUCUUAUAUGGAUUUAAGCAAACUUGUUUAUGAACUUAAAGAGCGACUGGAGACCGUUUUCAACCAGGAAAUAAGUGAAACAUCUAAAAAAGUUUCAGAUCUGGUCACAAAGAACACACCAGUCUGCAUCAAGGUUGGAGACAGAGUCCGAGUGAAACCUUCUGUUCACACCCCAAAAUAUGAGUGGGGCAGAAAUGUCACACAUGAGACUGUGGGUUUGGUAAAAGAUAUUAAAGGUGAUGAUUGCUUGGUCGUCGAGUUCCCUGGACAUACAAACUGGAGAGGAAUUCUGUCUGAAAUGGAGCUAGUCACUGAUGUUGAUGAUUGUGAUCCCUCAAGCAUCAAAAUUGGAUCAAGAGUAUGUGUGAAAGCCUCAGUUGACACUCCAGAAUGUGGCUGGGGAGAUGUCACCAAGAAUAGCGUUGGAAUUUUGAAAGCUGUAGAUGGUGAAACAGUGACUGUAGAUUUCCCAGAGUAUUCUGACUGGACUGGUAUACUUUCAGAGAUGGAGCUUGCUCAUAGUGAUGAAACAGGGUCCUCCACUCUUGACUGCCUCGAGAUAGGAAACAGAGUCCGUGUGAGAUCUUCAGUGACAAACCCAAAACAUGGAUGGGGGGAGGUCACUCACAGCUGUAUUGGUGUCAUUAAACAAAUUCAGGGUGAGUAUUUGACUGUAGACUUCCCGGAGCAGAUAGGUUGGAUUGGCAUAAUUUCAGAAAUGGAGCUUGUGACCAGUGCUGGUUCAGAACUCGGUUUAAGCCCUGGAGAAAGGGUCCAUGUUAAACCCUCCAUCAGCACUCCAGCACAUGGCUGGGGAAGUGUCACCAAGGACAGCGUUGGAGUGGUUUUAGCUAUAGAUGGCACCAAAGUGACUGUUAACUUUCCUGAGCAGUCUAACUGGACAGGCAUUGUCUCAGAGAUGGAGGCUGCUCCUAAUGAUGACACACAGGACGAAGGAGCAUGUUCUUUUAAUUACAUACAUUAAAGGGGUCAUGACAUACUCUUUAUAUAUAUAUUAUCUUCCCGGUGAUCCACAAGUUUUUUUUUGCACCAAACAUUCAUAAUUUAUUCAUAUAUAAUAAUUUUCCACCCUGUCUCUAGCCCUCUGUCUGAAAUGCUUGGUUUUAAGCUGCCUAGCCCUUUAAGACUUCAGUGUAAACGCCCACUGUUGUGAUUGGCUAACAUCAUGCAGCCCUUCCAAUACAGGCAUAUUUGAAAUGCAAUCCGAAGAAAAUAAACCAACUCCACACAACAUUAUAAUGCUACAAUUCAGGGUUAAACAUAACGUACACCCAAAACAUUUCAUCUGAAUAUAUCAAAAAUGUUCAGUCAAGCACAGCAUAAACUAUCAAACAGUCAUGACAUUAAAUAUUCACGAAUGAAAUUGGUUAUGUAUAGUUUUUCAUCCAAUAGUCCAAUGUUAACUGCCCAUCUUUCAAUAACAGUUCCUUUGCAAAGCUUGAAUCAUAUUGUGACUGUUUCACAAGCAAUUCACACUGAAAUCUACUGAAUGCUCAAACAUAAUACAAUACACAGUGAUGUUGUGUGCUUAAACCAGCUUCAACAGGCCAAAGCAGGGACGCUGGUCUUCACAUCUCACAUUUUCCCAGUUUGUUUACAGACAGGACUGCAUGUGUUUUUCCCAGUCAGUGGCAGCAGCAGGAUGAGAUGCCUUUUUGAAAGUUGCGCUCUAAAAACGCGGUACACAUCACCGGAAACGCAUCAAAACGAUCAAAGAUGUUUACAGAAGACCAAAAAUUAAAAAUAGCACAGAUGGGUGCAAAAAACAGUCCAGGACAACUUCAAAACAGCACAACAGCAAGACAGCGCAGCUUAUUGAAACACAAUGGGGAUCAUUUUUAGAGUUAUAACUUGACAUUGCAUCUUUUAAAAGUGGUACAACAUGUAUGAUAAAGAUCAAAGCCAUUCAUGUUUAUGUAGAAAAACAUUUAAAUCCAGAUAGACAUAUGAAUGUGCCCUGUGUAAGUCCACUUUGGAUGAAUCUCCCAUGACAGGCCCAUCUCUUUCCUCUUCUCCAGUGUGACUGACUAAGUUCCAGUGGGUGGGGCCAAGGGUGCUAUGAUGAUAAGUAGCCAUUGCAUAUGCAGAUGUAUUUUGUCCUUGUGACAUCACAAGUUCCACGAAUUCCAAACAAGCCGUUUUUGCAGCUUGGUUUAAAUAAAUGCUCUCUUCUAUUAAGGAGGAAUUUUCAGUUCUGAAACUCACAGUAUGAUUUUAUAGUAAAAUUUCCUCUUUAUGUAAAAAGAUCAAGGAAAAUUUUAUUUCUCAUGUCAUGACCCCUUUAACACAUUGGUAAAAAAAAAAAAAAAUAUAUAUAUAUAUAUAUAUAUAUAUAUAUAUAUAUAUAUAUAUAUAUA